CCUCCCUCCAUCUCCCGUGCGCCCGGCUCCCACCUCAUCGUCAGGGACGUCUCCUCUGCAAGCGCUGUCUUCUGCGCCUCGGCCCCCUCUUGCUGCUCGCACGUGGCACACGUCGCCGCACACAGCUCUCUCCGGCCCGUGCUGCGCAUCCACUCCACACCGACAGUCACUCCACGAGCGCAGCACCGCCGGCAGCUUCAUCCCUUACGACGCACCCUCGCCUGCCUGCCUGUGCGCAGAGCCCGGCCGCGGCGCACGCCGCGCUGCCCGUGCGGCGUAGCCCGCCAUGCUCGAGGGCGUCCUCGCGACAGUGCUCAACCGCUUCCUCGCGAGCUAUGUUGAUGGCCUGAACACGAGCCAGCUGAAUGUGGGCAUCUGGAGCGGCGAUGUCAAGCUGCGCAACCUGCGGCUAAAGACGUCUGCGCUCGACAAGUUCCGCCUGCCGAUCGAUGUCAAGGAGGGCUACCUGGGCGAUCUCACCCUCUCCAUCCCCUGGUCCAACCUCAAGGGCAAGCCCGUGCGCGUGCUCGUCGAGAAUGUGUAUCUGCUCGCCGCGCCCAAGGAGGCGUCCGCCGAGGUCGAUGAAGACGAGGAGCGGGAGCGUGCAGAGGCGGCCAAGCAGGAGAAGCUGGCGAACGCAGAGCUCCUCGGCGGCGGCAGCAAGGUCGGCGUCAGCGAAGAGGAUGCGCAGAAGAACGAGAGCUUUACCAGCAGCCUGGUGGCCAAGAUCGUCGACAAUCUGCAAAUCACCGUGCGCAAUAUCCACGUACGAUACGAGGACAAGCUGUCGAAUCCAGAGCAUCCCUUCUCGGCCGGUCUCACGCUCGCCGAGUUCUCUGCCGUCUCGACCGACAAGGACUGGAACCCGACCUUUGUGCAGAACAGCCGGGAGGGCACGCACAAGCUUGCUCGCCUCGAGUCGCUAGCAGCGUACUGGGACACUGACGCAGAGAGCCUGGCGGGCUUCGAGAUCUCAGAGGCGCAGAAGAAGUUCGCAAGCCUCAUUGCGCGCGAUGGGCGCGUGCCGGAGCACCAGUACAUCCUGAAGCCCGUGUCCGGAGCUGGUCGCCUCGUCAUGCGCCGCGAGAUGACGUCCGAGAUUCCCAAGAUGGACGCGCAGCUGCUGUUCGACCAGCUCGGCUUCACGCUCGACGACGAGCAGUACCGCGAUGUGAUCUCCGUCGCCGAUCUGUUCCACUUCUACACGCGGCAGGCGCAGUACCGCCGCUUCCGGCCAACGGCAGAGGAAGUCGAGCAGAACCGUCCGCGGGCGCUGCUGCGCUUCGCCGGCCGGGCGAUCCUGUCGGAGGUGCAUGAGAAGCGCAAGGUCUGGACUUGGGACUACUUUGCGCAGCGGCGAGACGAGCGGCGAGAGUAUGUGCGCCUCUUCAAGGUCAAGGAGACGGCCACGCAAAAAGCCAACCAGCACCAGGCCGCCGCGGCCGUGCCACAGAGCGACGAGGGCUCGCAGCUGCGGGACCUUGAGCGGCAGCUUGGAUACAAAGACAUCCGCUUCUACCGCUCGAUCGCGCGGCACGAGCUGCGCAAGGAGCGCGCCGCGAAGCAGAAGGACCACCUGGCGCUCGGCCACUCCAGCUCCUCUGCUGCGCCGGCAGGCGACGGCGCAGGAGGGGGCGGCGGCGGAGGCGGCUGGCUCGGCUGGAUCUGGGGCGGCGGCGGCCACCACAAGGGCGCAGCGCAGGACCAGCCCGGCAUGCUCAACGACGAGCAGCGCAAGGAGCUCUACGAUGCCAUCGAGUGGGACGAGAGCAUGGGCACGGACGCACUGACGCAGGCCGUCGACCUGCCGGGCGAUGCGAUGAAGCUGCGCCUCACCACGAAGCUGCAGACUGGCUCGCUCGCGCUGCGGGACCACUCGCGCGGCACCGAGAUCCUGUCGCUCGUCUUCGACAGCCUGCAGGCCGACGUCAACCAGCGCGUGGACAACUUCGAGGCCGCCGUGUCGCUCGGCGGGCUGCGUGUGUACGACGGCACCACGGCCAACUCGCUGUACCCGCAGGUCGUGCGCGUCAAGGACGACGUGCUCGACAUCCCCGGGCGCGAGAACAGCGGCAGCGGCACCGUCGAGCAGGCGGCGCACGAGGUGGGCAAGGAGUCGGACCCCGACAACCCGUUCUUCUACCUCAAAUUUGAGAACAAGCCGCUCGACCGGCGCGCCGACAACGCGCUGACCGUGAAGAUGCGCAGCAUGGAGAUCAUCUACCACAAGUCGUACGUCGAGAACAUCGUGCGCUUCUUCAAGCCGCCAGAGAGCGAGCUGGAGCUCAUCGGCGCACUGAUCGACGUGGCGAGCGAGACGAUCGAGGGCAUCCGCAAGGAGACGCGCGCCGGCCUCGAGAAUGCGCUCGAGAAUCACAAGACGAUCGACGUCGUGCUCGACGUCAAGGCGCCAAUCAUCAUCGUGCCCGAGGACGUCACCGCCAAGCAGUGCCAGCACAUCGUGCUUGACGCCGGCCACAUCGCCGUGCGCUCCGUGCUUGCCGACCAGAGCGCGCUGGACACGGUGCGCAGCAAGCAGCACAAGCAAUACGACGAGGACGACUACCGCCAGCUCGAGUCGCUCAUGUACGACCGCUUCUUCGUCAAGCUCGAGAGCAUGCAGCUCGUCAUGGGCCCCGACAUCGAGACGUGUCUGCGCAGUCUGGCCGUCGACUCGCCGAGCCACGCGUCGCAUCUGCUCGAGCGCAUCAACCUCGACUUUACGCUGCACAACUCGAUCCUGCCCAAGGCGCCGAAUCUCACCAAGUUCAAGAUCACCGGCCACCUGCCGACGCUGCGUGUCAACUUCUCUGACCGCAAGUACAAGGCGCUGAUGCAGGUGAUCGACGUGGCGAUCCCGAACUUCGACGACGAAGAGCCGACGAGCGGCCAGCUCGAAGAGGUGCUCGAGAGCCGCGGCGGCACCGACGGCGACGCGGUCGCUGCCGACCAGGAGCGCGAGCAGCGGCGGCGCAGCCAGCAGCACUCGCAGUACGCGUCUGCGGCAGCGGGCGACGAGCCUGCGAGUGGCAACACGCUCGACCAGGCCGCGCUGGACAUCAACAAGGUGCGCCGGCAGCGCAUCGCCAGUCAGAUGCGCGGCGGCGGCGACGAGUAUCUCGUGGAUGACCAGGACGACGAGGACGAGGCGGAGUUCCAGGAUGCAGAGGAUGACACCGCCGAUCGCAUCAAUGCGCACCAGAAGACGUUUGAGCUGCACUUUGUCGUCGACAGCCUGCAGGGCUCGAUCUACAAGUCGAACGCCGACCCGACCAAGCCCGACCGCCUGCUCGUCGAGGCCAACUUCGAGGGCUUCUUGUUCCACCUCGCCGUGCUGCCGUACCACAUGGAGAUCGAUGUGGGCCUGCGCAGCCUCGAGCUCGAGGACAAGAUCGUGGACCAGGGCCAGGCCGUCUUCAAGCACCUGAUGACGUCGAAGCCCGUGCACGACGGCACACGUGCCUCCUCGACGUCAUCGUCCAUGAGCAGCGCGAGCCCGACCAGCGACCGCGACCUCGUGCGCGUCAAGUACGUUCGCGUGCAAACCAACUCGCCUGAGUUCCAGACGGUCUUCGAGGGCAUCGACCAGUCGAUCAGCAUCGAGCUGUCGACGAUCAACAUCAUGCUGACGCGCGUCAGCGUGCUCGUCGUGUACGACUGGAUCAUGACGACGUUCGUGCCCGAGGAGCCUGCUCCGCCGACGAAGCCUGCCCCCGCCGCCGACGAUGGCGCGCCGGCUCGCUCGGGCAAGGAGGUGGCACAGCAGCCGCUGGCGGACGGUCUGGCGCGCAAGGAGAUGCUGCGCGUGCGCGUCAAGCUCACGUCCAUCGUCCUGCGUCUCAACAACGAGGGCUCUCUGCUCGCCACGCUGACGCUCUCGACGGCCGACGUGGCCGUGCUGCUGCGCGGCAACACGCUGCGCGUCGCUGCCCGCCUCGGCUCGCUCUUGCUGGUCGACAAUGCGCCGCGCGAAGGCAAGUCGCGCGGACAAUUCCGCAAGCUGCUCUCCAUCGACGGCGACGAGCUGGCCGACUUCACCUACGAGACGUUCGACGAGCUCGACAGCGUGACCUACCCCGGCUUCGACACGGCCAUCUGGCUGCGCAGCGGCUCGCUGCGCUUCACGUUCGCCGAAGAGCCGAUCCGCGACCUGCUGCAGUUCUUCAGCAAGUUCGCUCGGAUGAAGGAGGUCUACGACGCCGCAACGCAGGCAGCCAGUGCGCAGGCGUCGCAGCUGCAGGCGCGCGCCGCCAAGCUGCACUACGACGUGGUCAUUAAGACGCCCAUCGUCAGCAUCAGCCGCGGUCAGGGCUCGUCGGACGUGCUCACGGCGAAUCUCGGCGAGAUCUACGCGCACAACACAUUCCCAUCGCAGGCGGACGGGCGCACCGUCACUCAGGUCGAGGCCGGCCUGCGGCACAUCCGGCUCGCCUCGCGCAUGCGCUUCGGCAGCCAGGAGUACCACCUGCAGAUGAUCGACGACGUCAACAUCUCAGUCGACAUGACACAGCGCGAGCACCUGCCCAGCGACGGCACUGGGCCCGCCACGUCGGCGCCGUCGCCGGCACGCGGCAGCAACGAUGGCGAGCAGGCGGUCACCGCGUCCAGCUCUGCCGACGAGCCCGACAUGCAGAUCGUCGCGCGCAUGUCGGACGUGCAGAUCAAGCUCACGGAGCAGCAGUACGGCUUCAUCAUGGCGCUGACGCAGGCGAUCCCGCGGGCGUUCGCCAUCGAGACCGACGACGACGUCGACGCAGACAACGCCGUCUCGUCUAUCCCCUCGGUCAGCGCGACGCCGACGGCACGUACGCCGCCCGCGCAGCAGGAGCCCCGCAGCGACGCGCACCAUCCCGGCGCCUCCGCAGGCGUGGACCUGCUGCCUGAGCUCGGCCUCGUCGGCCACACCGCAGACGGCAGCCACGUGCAGCUGCACGCCACGCUGGACCUGCUCUUCAGCGUGCAGACGAUCAACCUCGAGCUCUACAGCGCUGCCGCCACCGCGCAGGAUACGCUGCACAACGCCAGCCUGGCGCGCUUCGCCCUCAACGGCUCGGAGGUGAAGCUCAAGAUGCUCUCGGACUCGAGCCUCGAGGCAGAGGUCGCGCUGAAGAGCUUCACUGUGUCGGACACGCGCCCGGACAAGGAGACCAAGUUCCGCGAGAUCAUCCCGGCCGUGCGCCAUGACGGGCACCAGUUCAUGCUCAGCUACACUGCGAGCGGCGGGCCCGACAGCACCGCGCUUGCGCUCGUCACGAUCGACAGCCCAAAGGUCAUCUUCUCGCUCGAUCCCGUGUUUGCGCUGCUCGGCUUCUUCAUGAGCGCCUUCAGCGAGGCCGACGCGCAGAUGGCGCAGGACUCGCAGCGUGCCGCAGCCUCGGCAGCCGCGGCCGAAGGCGCACUGGGCGACAACGGCGCAGCUGCGACGCGCAAGCGCGCCGAGGCCGCCUCGAAGCGCGGCGGCAAGAGCCUGCAGUCUGCGCAUACGCAGCCCAGCGCAGCCUCCGAGCCGAGUCAGAAUGCGCCGGCGCAGUCGACGAUGUCCUUCCGCGUCAACAUCGUGGACCCGACGAUUAUCCUGCUCGCCGCGCCCGAGCGCAGCGACACGGACGCCAUCGUGCUGUCCAUCCGGCAGGUGCUCAUGUCACAGCAGGCCAUUAUGGCGCUCAAGGUAGACCAGUUCGGGAUGUUCAUGUGCCGCAUGGACAAGCCCAAGGAGUCGCUGCGCUUCCUCGACAACUUCGACCUGACCAUGUCGCUCGACAGCCGCGGCACGGGCUCGCGCCAGGUCACCAGCAUCGAGAUCGACGUUGAGCCGCUCGUGCUGCGUGUCUCGUACCGCGACAUCAUGAUGAUCUCCUCCGUCGUCAACAAGGCCAUCGAGCUGUCUGCCCAGAGCGGCAGCAGUGGCGAGGAUGCCGCCUCGGCAGCCAAACGACGCGAGCCCUCGACGGCCAGCGGCGUGUCGCUUGACUCGACCCGGGCGCUCUCCCCACCUGGCCGCGCCUCCUCUGGUGGCGGGCGGAGCGGCGAGCGGCCGACCGAAGCGCAGGUCAUCGUGGCAAAGGAGAUUCUCAAAGCCGAUGUGGCGGGCCUGCAGCUGAUCCUGAUCGGCGACAUCCACAGCCUGCCGAUGCUAGACCUGAACCUGCGCAAGUUCUCGGUCGACGUGCGCGACUGGUCUGGUGAUAUGCGCAUGAAGACGUCGAUCGGCAUGUACAUCAACUACAACAACCUCUCCCGCUCGCACUGGGAGCCGCUGAUCGACCCCUGGGUCGUCGACUUUGCCAUGGAGACGGCAGAGGGCUCGUCAGUCAUGACGGUGUCCUCGAAGCGGCGCCUCGAGAUCAACGUCACCACUACUCUGAUUGAGACGUCGCUCACGACGGCUGCGAUCAUGGGCGACGACAGCAUCCAGGCCAGCGCCGUGCGCGAUCAGACGGCGCCGUUCAAGAUCUGCAACCGGACCGGCUACCGCAUCUCGCUGUGGCCUGAGAAUGACGAUCGCCGCGCCAAGGUCUCUGCCACGCAUUUGGACGACAGCACGGACACGCCCUGGCGCUUCGAUGACUGGAAGUCGAUGCGGGAGCACUCGAUGGAGUCGGGCGGCAACAUGCUCUCGCUGCAGAUCGAGGGCAUGCCCUGGGAGCGCAUCAAGCACGUCUCCGUCGACCGCGAGGGCGAGUCGAUCAUCAACCUGCGGCCAAAGCUCGACAAGGUGGCGCACCGGCUGCUGUGCGACGUCAAGCUCGUCGACAACGUCAAGGUGGUCACCUUCCGCUCGGCGUUCAACAUCGAAAACCGCACGAUGGUGCCGGUCGAGGUGGUCGUGCUCGACGCCGACGGCGAGCUCUCCUCAAUCAUCCGCCACAUGGACCCCGGCGAGGAUUGCCCCGUGCCGAUCGAGGCGGCGUACCACAACCGCAUCAGGCUGCGUCCGGACCCUGGCUUCGAGUACAACUGGUCGUCCGAGAGCGUGGGCUGGCAGGACCUCGUCAAGCGCUCGACGCGCACGCUCACGUGCGAGGCCAACGCCAGCGGCGAGGCGCCGUUCCGCUUCCAGUGCUUCACGAUCUGCGACAAGCAGGACCCGAUGAGCCGCGUGUACCCGCGGCUGGCGCUGCGCCUGCGCGCCCCCGUCGAGGUCGAGAACCUGCUGCCGUACGACAUUCAGUACCGCAUCUUCGACCGCAACCUGAACCACAACUGGAGCAGCUACCUGCGCAAGGGCGGCGUGUCGCCGAUCCACGUCGUCGAGCUCUCGCACUUGCUGCUGCUCAGCGUCGACAUUCAGUCCUCUGUCUUCUCGCCGUCCGAGUUUGCCAUCAUCGCCACGGACAACGGCGACGACUUCCCCGUCGAGAAGACGCUCACGCUCGCCGACGCCGAGAACCUGAAGCUCAACCUGCGCCUGCACUACUUCAAGUAUCCGGACAGCGGCGGCGCCUUCAAGGUGCAGAUCUACGCGCCGUACAUCUUCAUCAACCAGACGGGCCUGCCGUUUGCGCUCAAGACGAAGAGCUGGCUCGGCGGCGCGAAGCUCGUCGCGGGACAGGAGCAGGGACAGGUGGCUGACCUGCGCCGCGAGCCCGACCCCUUCCUCUUCUCGCACAACUCAAACGACCGGCGCAACCGCGUGCUGCUGCGCGUCGGCGACUCGGCGUGGUCGAAGCCGCUCUCGUUCGAGGCAAUCGGCUCGGAGAGCGAGGUGGUCAUCGCCUCGUCGUCGAAGAACGAGGAGAUCCAUCUUGGCCUCGAGGUUCAGGACGGCCUCGGCAAGUUCAAGCUGUCCAAGGUUGUCAAGCUGACGCCGCGCUACCUCGUGCGCAACAACCUCGACGAGCCGCUGAACCUGCGCGAGGCGGGUGCCGCCGACUACCACACGGCCGAGCCGGGCAAGCGCAUCCCGCUGCACUUCCUGCGCGUGGGCGCGUCGAAGCAGAUGACGCUCGCCUAUCCGGGCGUGAACAACAAGUGGACGGCGCCGUUCAACAUCGAGGACAUCGGCAGCGUGCACCUGCGCAUCGCCAAGGCGGGCGACCACCAGCACCUCAUCAAGGCCGAGGUGCUGCUCGAGGGCCCCACGAUCUUCAUCUCGCUCAGCCUCGAGCGCGGGCCGUGGCCAUUCAUGCUGCGCAACGAGAGCGACCACACGAUCACGUUCAUGCAGGCCACCGAGCGCGAGGGCUCUGAUCGCGAUGGACACGGCGCGCGUGACGAGGCCGUGGGCAAGCGCUACGAGCUCAAGCCGCGCUCCAAGAUGAAGUACGCCUGGGACUACCCGGCGAUGGGCAGCAAGCUCAUCCGCCUCGUGGCCAACGGCAAGGAGCGCAGCGUCAACAUCCUCGAGAUCGGUACCCUGGUGCCGUUCAAGUUCCCGUCUGCCGACGGCCGCGGCAACCGCGUCAUCAGCCUGGACGUACGCGCAGACGGCGCGACGCAGACGCUCGUCAUCUCGCCGUGGUCGGAGGAGAAGAGCGGCUUCCGCCUGAAGCGCCAGAACUCGACGUUCUCGCGCUCCGACACGGUCAGCUCGUCGCGCACCGACGCCGGCUUCGAGGCGAUCGACGUGGACAGCGGGCCGAGCUCGACGUUCAACGUCGAGUUCGAGGGCGUGGGCAUCUCGAUCAUCAACCGCAGCGUGCAGGAGAUCGCCUACGUCAGCUUCCGCGGCCUCGAGAUGCACUACACGCAGUCCGAGCGCGCCGUCUCGAUCGGCGUCGUGUGCAAGUGGAUCCAGAUCGACAACCAGCUCUUCGGUGGCCUCUUCCCCAUCGUGCUGUACCCGGCGGUGCUGCGCGACGGCAAGGAGCUCGACCAACAUCCCGUGCUGCAGCUGAGCUGGAUCGCCAGCCGCGACGAGACGCACGGCGCGCAGAUCGUCAAGUACGCCAGUGUGCUCCUGCAGGAGAUCAGCGUCGAGCUCGACGAGGACUUCCUCUACGCCCUCAUCGACUUCUCGAAGCUGCAAGGUGCCUCGUGGCAGAAGGACGCGGCGAGCGAGAGCGACUUCGUCGAGGACCCGCGCGAGAUUCCCGAGCCCAAGGGCGUGCACGGCCAGGCCGCCGACACGUACUUCGAGGUCCUGCACCUGCAGCCGUUGGCGAUCAACCUCAGCUUCAUGCGGACGGAUAUGCGCACCGACCGCGCCGAGGAGCGCGUCGGCAGCCGCAACCCAAUUCUGUUUGCGAUCAACGCCAUCUCCAUGGCGCUGGGCAACCUCAACGAGGCACCGAUCCGUCUCAACGCGCUCGUCAUCGAGAAUGUCCGCCUCUCGUCUGCCGUGCUGCAGGAGCGCCUCAUCACGCACUACACCCAGGCACUCAUCGGGCAGCUCUACCGCGUCAUGGGCUCGCUGGAUGUGAUCGGCAACCCGGUCGGCCUCUUCAACAACGUGUCCGGCGGCUUCGUGGCCCUCUGGUACGAGCCCUACCAGGGCCUCGUGAUGCACGGCAACAAGGAGCUGGGCCUCGGCAUCGUGCGCGGCGCGAGCGCGUUCGCCAAGGGAGCGGUCUUUGGUGUGACGGACUCGGUGUCGAAGGUGACGGGGUCGAUUGGCAAGGGCCUGGCGGCCGCGACGAUGGACCCGGAGUUCCAGUCGCGGCGCCGCAUGACGCGCUUCCGCAACAAGCCCAAGCAUGCGCUCUACGGCAUCACUGGCGGCGCCAACGCCUUCUUCACGAGCCUCACGUCGGGCCUGGCCGGCGUGGCACUCAAGCCGAUCGAAGGCGCAGAGCGUGGCGGGGCUCUCGGCUUCGCCAAGGGCCUGGGUGUCGGCCUCGUCGGUGCCGUGACGAAGCCGCUGGUGGGCACGUUCGACUUUGCCUCAAACCUGACCGAGGGCGUGCGCAACACCACGGUCGUCUUCGACCAGAACGAGAUCGACCGCGUGCGGCUGCCGCGCUUCAUCGCUGCCGACGGCAUUGUGCGCCCGUACUCUUCGCGCGAGGCGCUGGGCCUGACGUGGCUCAAGAACGUCGACGACGGACGCCUCAUGAAGGAGAGCUACGUCGCGCACGUCGACGUCGGCGGCAGCGGCGGCGGCGACGCCGUCGUCAUGCUGACGCUGACGCGCAUCCUCUUUGUGCGCACGCUGCGCCUCAAGGUGGCGUGGGAGGUGCCGCUGUCGGACCUGUCGAGCAUCUCGCUCGAGAGCGAGGGCAUUGCCCUCGUGCUGCGCGGCGGCGUCGCCGGGCCCUUCCUGGCGCUGUCCGACCUGGGCACGCGCAACUUCAUGUUCCGCAGCAUCAGCCGCGUCGUGCAGGCGUACAACGCCCAGCACACGCAGUGAUGCAGGCGCCCCUCCGCUCUGCUGCCGUCACCGUGCUCCCUGUCGUCUCUCAUCGCUGGUCGUGUAAUUCAGAGAAUCAGUCAUGAGCGCGGCGUUGCACAGUGGGCGAUGCGAGAGAGCUAUGCUCCUCGACCUCGGCGGAGGCAGUGCUUCGCGCAGCCGCCGUCCUUGCGAUGUGCGUGUCGGUCGGUGCCGGAAGAGAAGCGUCUCCAAGCCACAUUGCCGCAGCACCACAGACCCAGAUCGAAAGUGGGCCUGAGCGGCGAGCUCGAGGUUGGCGGAAGCGCUCGAGAGGCACUCACUCCGCCGGCGAGCGCACGUGCGCUG